AUGUUGUCCGAUUCAAGCGCCCACCACCGCGAUUCGGUGAGCUCGAACAACGAGACACCAGCCCAUGCAAGCAUGGGCGCAGAUGCACAAGAUAAGCCUCGCCUGACCGAUCAGGAGAAGAAAAACAAUCAUAUCGCGUCCGAACAGAAACGUCGUGCGGCGAUUCGAGAGGGCUUCGACCGCCUCACCGAGCUGGUGCCUGGCCUGGAGGGACAAGGUCGCAGUGAGAGCGUGGUUCUAAAGAAAACGGUGGACUUUCUGCGCUCGCAGCUCGAAGAAAGGCGCAAACUCGUGGCUGAAAUUGAACGGGUUGGAGGACAGGUUGAUGAUUCAUUUCGCCCGCGAUGA